AUGUUUGGUAGCCUUCGGCGCACGAUGAUGGUGGUGGCGACGAGCUGCGUCGGCGGCCGACGCAAUUUGCACCAAUCGACGGCGCCGCGUCUUUUUGGGCGACUGGCGGGCGACUGGACGUGCGCCUGCGGCUUCUUGAACUUUGCGUCGCGCUCGGCCUGCUUUCAGUGCCACCGCGCAAGGCCGGUGGCGCAUCGCAUCGCCGAUGAUGUGCGUGGGAUGGACGCGCAGCACAUCGGCUUCAAGAAGGGCGACUGGGUGUGCGUCUGCGGGACGCACAACUUCGCGAAGCGGGAGUUCUGCCUCACCUGCGAGGCGUCGAGGCCGUCCGGCGCCAGGGACAAACAACACGCCGCCGGCAAUAGACUGCUUCCCGGCGACUGGCUAUGCGAGAAGUGCAACACACACAACUUCCGCGGCCGAGGGGAAUGCCUGCGGUGCGGCGGCAAGGCUCCCUCCACCACCCCUGGCGCUACAGCAACAGCAGCCAGUGCGACGAAUGCCGCUUCUACCACUACAACUAGCAAGAAAGACAACAGGCAAGUACCGUGGACGUGNCUGACGUGCCAUACCGUCAACGCAUUAAGCGCCACAUCAUGUGAGGUGUGCGGUGCCACGUACACGGUGCCGCCACCUUCUACAUCUCCGCCCCCACGGGCCGUGCGGAGUGAUGACUGGCGAUGCAGCCAAUGCGACUUUCUCAACUUCUCCUCGAGGGUGAGGUGUAAGAAUUGUAAGGCGGAGUCCCCGACGGCGAGUGGUGCAGCAGACCCGACGCUCUGGAUAUGCGAAUGCGGCUACAAAAACUUCAAGGAUCGGGAAACAUGCCGCGAUUGUGGGGCCGGUAAGCCUCUCCAGUAG